AUGGCUCCAAAACUAUUCAAAUCAAUCAACAAACUGAUCCUCUAUUUAUCGAUCCUCGCCGCCGCAGUCUGCAUUGCCACCUUCUCCAAAGCCUACUCUCUCAAAUCCUUCCUCCGCCCCGACGCCUCCAGCACCCACGCCGCCUUCUUCCCGUCCCACGUCAACGAGCAAGAGAUCACGCAGACUCUCAACCUAGUCAUCCACAAGCUCCGGCACGAGCUCGACCAAAUGCGCGUCCUGCCACACGACACGCCCCUGCGCUCCAAGCACGCGCCUCUUUUGGCCGACGUGCUUGGCCUAAUUGAGUCCGUCCGCGACUCCCUGUCUGUCUCCCCAUCCCUGGAUAGGGAUCCGGAUCAGGAGGCGCGAACUGCGCAGUUCGCGCCUGCUGACCAUUUCCUGACAGAGGAGAUCAGGAAAUACAUCCUGGUCAAGCCCAACAGGCUUGGGAAACAGAACUUCAUGGGAGCCAAUGGCACGUUCACGAGCAUCGGCCACGGGUGCUUUGCCGCGAGAGAUGAGCUGGAAUCCUACAUGGAUUACGACAUAGGCGACGUGUGCAACGACGACUGGAAACUAGCUCAAAAACUCAUGAUCCACGGCUGCGAUCCCCUGCCCCGGAGGCGCUGCUACGCCCGUGCUCCUCAGAUCUACACGCGGCCGCUCCCGAUGAACGAGUCCCUCUGGAAGCUUCCGGACGACCGGAACGUGCGAUGGGGCGGUUACCGCUGCAAGAACUUCACAUGCUUGGCUAGCAAUGUCACAAAAAAGGGGUUCUUCAAAUGUGCAGAGUGUUUCAAUUUGGUUGAUCAUGAAUCUCCAAGGUGGAUCAACCCAGUGUACCAGAAUCCUAACGUUAAUCUGACUUCGGAUUUCAUGAUCUCCGAUGUUCUUGAAUUGAAGCGCGGCGAGAUAAGGAUAGGGCUCGAUUUCAGCGUGGGGACGGGGACGUUUGCAGCGCGGAUGAGGGAGCACAAUGUGACUAUAGUGACUGCUACGGUCAAUCUUGGCGCUCCAUUCAAUGAGAUGAUCGCGCUGCGGGGGCUGGUCCCGUUGUACGUGACGGUGAAUCAGAGGCUGCCGUUCUUCGACAACACGCUGGAUCUGAUCCACACCACUCGGUUUCUGGAUGGGUGGAUUGAUCUGGUGCUGCUGGAGUUUGUGGUGUAUGAUUGGGAUAGGGUGCUGAGGCCAGGGGGAUUGCUGUGGAUUGAUAGCUUCUUUUGUUUGAAGGAGGAUUUGGAUGAGUAUUUAGGGGUGUUUGGGAUGAUGAGGUAUAAGAGACAUGAGUGGAUUGUGGUGCCUAAGUUUGAUAAGAAUGAUGACAGAGAGGUCUUCUUUUCUGCUGUCUUGGAGAAACCAUCUAGGCCAUUUAGAUGA